AUGGCUGAACUAGAAGAAAAGACUCUACUGAGGUUUCCACUUCCAAACUGUCCUGCUUAUGAGAAACUCCUAAAAGAAACAUGGGAAUCUACAGAGUAUAAGAAAAGGUUUGCUGCAUAUAAGGACUUUAUAGAUCAGAUUCAACCCAAAACUGGCUUCAAACCUGAAGAAAUGACACUUCGACAACUUGCAAAACUACAGGAUACCCUUUUCUGUGAGGAAAUUCACAAGUUUCCGUUGCCUGAAUGGGUGAACACAGAUGUCAAAAGUAAACUAGAAGAACUUUCACUGCUGAGUAUGCAAGCACCUUUUAAGAUCUACAAGCAAGAGGAAAAAUCAAGACUUCAGGGAGGUGUUCUUGUAAACGCCAUCUUGAAAAACAUAUCUCAAAAUGCACAGCAUAUUUCUAAACAACAAAAAAUGAUCAUAUAUUCCGCACAUGAUACAACUGUUGCAGCUCUGCAGAUAGCCCUGAAUGUCUUCAAUGAUAAGACACCCCCUUACAGUGCCUGCCACAUUUUCGAGUUAUAUGAAGAUAAUGGAACAUAUCAGAUCGGUAUGUUUUAUCGGAAUGAUUCUGCUGCAGAGCCCUACGAAAUCACGCUGCCAGACUGCACUGCCCCUUGUCCCCUUGAAAGAUUUAUUCAGCUAACGUCAAACAUUAUUUCAAAUGACUGGGAAAAAGAAUGCAAGAUUAAUAACAGUCCAGACAAGCACAAAGGUGUGAUUACUGGACUUGCCAUCACAAUCUGUGUACUAUUCCUUAUUAUCUUUGGGCUGUUAUAUUUCCUCUGCAAAAGAAUUUCAAUCCGCCUCAACAACUUUGAAAGAAUAUAACUUGCUUCAAAGACCUGUGAUGCACUGAGGUGACAGACAACUCUUUUCUGUUGGACAGUUUUAUGAAAUAUUUCUAAAGCUGUCUGAAGUACACUGUAAAAACUGAUUUGAAGAUGCAUCUCAUUGUUUUGAAGAUGUACAAUUAUGCUAUUCCUUUCCAAGGACCUCAAUUACAGCUAAAAAGACACAUAAAAGACUAGAACUCUGGAAUGUGGAAGAGUCCUGUUUUAUAUUCAAAGUGUUAUUACAACUGAUUGUAUGCCUGCUGCACCAACAAUAUAUAUCUCUAAAUGUAGUUAAAAUUGUAGAUCUCAACUCUCCAAAAGGGAAAUAAAUGUUGCAGGACAGUGAUGUUAAGGGUGACAUUAGAUGGGUUGAAUGGUUUUCCUGACAGAGAUACAAGUCUAAUUAUUAACUUAAGACUGUUUGCAGAAUGUAGUUUAUGUCCUGUUCUUUGCUUCUUCCUGAACAUUGAUUGACUUUACUUACUCAUAGGCUCAUAGGCAUGUACUAGGCUAGCUGCCCUUGUGGGCCAUUUUAAGCCAAACCAGUUUCCCUCAAAGGUGAGACUCAAACCCUGUACCUUGUGCCUGUGAGGUAAACACCUUAACCAUUAUACCAACACCUAACCCCCCUAGUAUCUAGUUUUCCUACUGUUGUUUGGAAAUGGUUUAUUGUAAUGAAGAGUGCCUAAUAGUCAGUUGGCAGGCCUCAGGAGAUCUGUAUGGUCUGUGGUAAUCUACUUUAAGAAGUAUUUAACUUAGUCCAUUUUUCAAAGUUUCAUUAUAGCAAUUCGUUACUAUGGCAUAAAUAUUAAUAAUAAGAUUUUGUCUUCACAUAGCAUCAUAGGUUUUCCUUUCUCCUGCAGCAAAUGUCGGAAAACAUACAGACGUAGAAUUUAAAAUACUGCAUUCAAGAAUGUUAUUCACAGUACUAGUUUCUGUUUAUGCAUAGUGUUAAUCUGCAAAGAGCAGCACUACGACAUUAUGCAGAUAAGGUCACCAGAGGUCAUUAACGCUGACUAAAGAAAUAUGGAUGUCUUUUGAUAAACGUGCCUUCCUAUGGCAAAAGCAUAAGGGGAAAGCUAUUUUAUGGAUAAAGUGCCUUAUUUCUUAGCGUAUUACUACGAUUCAUAGAGAUAAAUGAAGGGACUCAUUUGCAUAAAACACUUGUAAAGGACUCUGAACUUAUAUUAACAGCAUCGUAUUAACUUCGGAUAACUGGAGUUAUACAGCAAAUUAUAUUUAGGUAACCGUGGACUUUGUAAAGUUAAGAAAAAUUAAGAAUGAGGUAAGAGUGUUGAGCUCACUUAGAUAAAUGUUUGUUUUAUUUGUAUUAUGGGCAUAUUACAAUGGCUUCGGUGAAUAAGUUGCCAUUUGUAAAUCGGAAAUCAUUACAGCAGCAGCAGUGGAAAUGAUUAGUGAUCACUAUGAAAAAUGUACUUUGGUAUGUUUUAGUGAUUGUGCAUACAUGGUAGAAAUGCAGUGAUUUUAACCUGGAGUACUGAAGUGGCAAGUAUGUUUUGUGUCUUUACUGGGCAAUUCCUGAGUGUUACUGACAGUAUUUUCAUUAUAGGAAUGCGGCUGCCACUAAUGAAAGGACAGAUAUGUUUUCUGUACUAUUGUGAAUAUAUUAUAUAGCACAAUUUUACUUGGCUGGACUCUGCAUGUGUAUCUCAUUAUGGGGGUUGUGUUGCAUAACUUUUUUUCCAAGGAUGGCAUGUGUUGCUUGAGUGAUGAUCGUGUUUUUGUGUAUGACUGUGGCAUUGGAGCAGAGAAAGGACAACUUAAAUUAUUUUUACAAGAUCAGCAAGCAUCUACCCAGAUUGCAAAAUAGAUGUAAUAUGUGCAGCUAUAUUAAAACAACGAAUGUGUGGAUGGUGCAAAAAACUGACUGUGAAUUGGAAUUAGGCUUCAUUAGCAUAAUUUCUCAUGUACAUCUCAUUCAGUGGCAGCUGGUGACUUCAGAUCAAAGCGUGGUUGCAGGAGACAGCUGAAAGGAUGGGACCAAUUAGAAAGGGGCAGGGCCAACUAGAAAGGGACAGAGAUAUGUUACAGUGGGAUCAACCGUGACCAUUCUUCCAGAACUAAAAUAAUAAUAGAUUUGUGUUACUUUACUUCUGCUGCACAGAGAGCAGUAACAACCUGUAUGCUUAACCCCCCCCCCCAUAAACAGUCUUACAAAUCCAGAAUUAACAACAGUAAAAGGCAGGGCCAGACACUUCAUUUCAUUGUCAUGCUGACAUAUCCCCUUAUCCCAACUGCCUACACAAAGUACCUGGUUUGAACCUAGAAAGUCAGAAAAAUGAAAAAAAAAAAAAAAAAAGACAACAGUUACAUUACUGCAUUGCUUUUACAUAAACAGUAGCCAAAGGUAAGCACUUGUACUCACUCCAUCUCACUAUAGCCAAAUGCACAGCAGUCUUGUAAAGGCAGAAUUAUAAUAGUAAAUGUAGGACCACUCAUUUCACUUACAAACAAUUCACCCCGUACCCAUUACCUCCCUAAAGUAGGUGAUUUGGCAUUGUCAGCAUCAAUGAUAAUGUUUUCAUUAUUGCAUUGAAUUGAUGCAUGCAAAUAGUCAGAGCCUGCAUUCUUUUUUCACCCAAGUACAAAUUAGUCCUGCAAAGCCAGAAUUAGUACACCAAAGCUACAGUGCCAGACAUUUCAUCCGCAAACACCCAUCAUAUCAGUUGUUGACCUAAAAUAUCUGCUUUGACCCUGCCAGGGUUAAAACAAAAAUAGCAAUAAUUGCAUUAAUUUACUCUGUUGCACAGAAACAGUAGUUACAAGCUUGUAUGACAGCUGACUUUACCCAAAUACACAUUAAUCUUGCAAAGCUACAAUUACAACAGUAAACAGCAAGGCCAGUUAACUCAUUUCAUUCACAAACACUCCUCACCCAUUGCCUGAGUAAAGUAGCUGCUUCUUACCCUGUCAGGAUUAAAGUAAAAAUAAUAGUAACAGUCGGGUUGCAUACUUGCAUUACUUUCACUUUGUUGACAGAAACAUUAGUCACAGCUUGUGUGUGCCAGUCAAAUACACAUUUCAGUUUUGUUUACCCAGGUUUCUGCAAAUGGCUUUAGUAAAAAAAAAAAAAUUCUCAUCAUAUGACCCGGGAUUAAAGCUACAAUUUAUUAGAAACAUUUUAAAUAAACAUUCAGUAUAUACAUGAACAGAUACAGAAAUUACAUACAUUAAAAAUUAGUCAUAAACUUGCUAAUUAUUUUACAUUUAUCUUAAAGUACAGACAGAAAAGUAUUACAGUUUUGCAAAGCUGGAAUUCCAACAACAGUAAAUGGCAGGGCCAGUUGUUUCAUUCACACAUAGCUCCAAUCUCCACUGCCUAGUCCACCCACAGUAUCUGAUUUGAUCUUGCAAGGUUAAAAACAAAAACAGCAACAAAAAAAGACAAUACUGUCAUUAAGGUAAUUAUUUUUUUUCUCACAUAAACAAUACUCAAAGUUCAGAGCUUGUGGUCAAUCUUACUUCACUGAAAUGCACAUUUCUCUUGCAAAGCAAGCCAGAACUGCAGUCAUUCCAGUCACACAUAGGCAUUGCCCCCAUCCCAACUGCCUAACCAGGAAUCUGCUUUGAGCCUACAAGGUUUAAAAUAAU